GGGGAGGAAGGGAGGCGCCCCGCUCCGCCGAUCGCUCGGUCCUGCAAACGCGCGCCGGGCGCUCUCCCCGGAGCCCCGCUCUGCGUGCCAGCGCCCUUGUGCAGCAGCAGCCCGAGGGGGCGGAGAGGAGGGGGCUGCGGCCGGGGUGGUAGGGGGGCGGCAUCCCCCCUCAAAACCGCCUGCAAAGUGCUCCGAGCUGCAGACGGAGGCCGCCGGAUUCGCAGAGCAAAGCCGCUCGUCCCGGGGCUCGGCGAGCGCGCGGGGCCGCCGGGCAGCGCGGCGGGUGCGGGUGGGCGCCGGUGCCCUCUGCGCGGGGCUCGGGCUCACCAUGCCCCUGCGGGGCCGGGCCGCCGGGCACCAGCGGGUUCCCGGUUUGCCGCCGCCUCCACGCGCUCGGAUUAGCGGCAGCCAGCGCCCGAGGAUUUGAAUCCGGACCCCGGAGGGAGUGUGUCUAAGGCCGACCCCAGAGCUGCGGCCCCGCGGCCAACAUGCUUCUCAAAGGGUGCUGCGUGGAGCUGCUGCUGCUGCUGCUGGCCGGCGAGCUGCCCCUGGGCGGCGGCUGCCCGCGGGACUGCGUGUGCUACCCGGCGCCCAUGACGGUCAGCUGCCAGGCACACAACUUCGCCGCCGUCCCCGCGGGCAUCCCCGAGGACAGCGAGCGCGUCUUCCUGCAGAACAACCGCAUCGCCGAGCUGCGGCCGGGCCACUUCAGCCCGGCCACCGUCACCCUGUGGAUCUACUCCAACAACAUCACCGCCAUCGACCCGCGCACCUUCGAGGGCUUCGCGCACCUGGAGGAGCUGGACCUGGGCGACAACCGGCAGCUGCGGACGCUGGCGCCCGAGACGUUCCAGGGCCUGGCCAGGCUGCACGCGCUCUACCUCUACCGGUGCGGGCUCGGCGCCCUGCCCGCGCGCCUCUUCGGCGGCCUGCACAGCCUGCAGUACCUCUACCUGCAGGACAACCAGCUCGAGCACCUGCAGGACGACGUCUUCGCCGACCUGGUCAACCUGAGCCACCUGUUCCUGCACGGCAACCGGCUGCGGAGCCUGGGCCGCGACCCCUUCCGCGGGCUGGUGAACCUGGACCGGCUGCUGCUGCACGAGAACCGGCUGCAGUGGGUGCACCCCCGGGCCUUCCACGACCUCGGCCGGCUCACCACGCUCUUCCUCUUCAACAACAGCCUCUCCGAGCUGCAGGGCGACUGCCUGGCCCCGCUGGCCGCGCUGGAGUUCCUGCGCCUCAACGACAACGCCUGGCACUGCGGCUGCGGCGCGCGCUCGCUGUGGGCCUGGCUGCGGCGCUUCCGCGGCUCCAGCUCCGCGGUGCCCUGCGCCGCCCCGGAGCCGCUGCGGGGCCGCGAUCUGAAGCUGCUGAGCGCCCAGGACUUCCGGAACUGCUCCGGGCCCGCGUCCCCGCACCAGAUCAAGUCCCACACGCUCCCCACCACCGACAGGGCGGCGCGCAAGGAGCACCACCCGGCCCGCGGCGGCGCCAGGGACAAGAGCCACCCGCACGGCGGCUCCGGCUCCCGGACCGGCUCCCGGAAGCCAGGCAAGAACUGCACCAGCCACAGGAACCGCAACCAGGUCUCCAAGGGGACGCUGGAGCUGCAGGACUACGCCCCCGACUACCCGCACCAGUUCAGCUUCGACAGCAUGCCCACCGCGCGGCCCAAGAGGAAGGGCAAAUGCGCCCGCAGGACCCCCAUGCGCGCCCCCAGCGGGGUGCAGCAGGCCUCCUCCGGCAGCUCCCUGGGGGCCUCCGUGCUGGCCUGGAUCCUGGGGCUGGCGGCCACGCUGCGCUGAGGACCCCGGCCACCAGCUCCCAGCACUGCCACGUGUCCACCAAGAAACAGCGUGUCUUUUCUUUUCUUUUUUUUUUUUUAUACCAGUGGAGGAUCUGCUGGGUUUUUAGGCAGAGGCUGAGAAAGGCUUUGGAUGCUGCCUGGGUCCUGCCUGGUGGAUUAGAAACCCAAAGUGUACAGCCCCCAGCAGGAGGGGACGAGCACCCCUCGCCGGCUGCCCCAGCCAGCCCCCUCUGAGCAGCCAGGACAGCACCCAUCCAGCGAGGCGGGGAGCACAGAGAGCAUCCUCCUUCCUGAGCAGCCCGGGACCGCGCCCCACGGGAGCUGAGGAAUCCCGGUGAUUUGGAGAUGUCUGAGGGGCCCCUUCCCUCCUCGGAGGAAGCGGGACUCAGAGGAACAGAAGAUGGUCACCCAGUUGACCAGCUGGCCCGACUGGGAGCGUAUGAUCAGGUGUCAUUUUGGCUUUUGCCUGAGGCCACUUAGUCACCCUGCCCUGGAUCCCAUGGUGCACCACCCUCAGGCCCUUCCCCGGAGUGACUCCUCUCAUUCCCGAUGUCUCAGGCAACCCUGGUCCCCCUGGCCCAGACCCCGGGCUCCACGAACCAGUUACCAAAGGCAAGAUCGUCAGAGGCUGAAAUUCAGGACUUCAUCACGUGCAAUGAGGUUCCCACAGGAGGUGCCGUUUUAUAACUACGUCCACUUAUAUACAUAUAUACACACGCACACUCUCUACAUCUAUAUAUAUAUAUACACACACACACAAAGACACAGGUCCCUGCCCCACACCCUUACCAAACUGUAUGUAUGUCUUACCAUGUUUAUAAACUAUAUGGAAAACUA